UUCAUUUCACCAACCGUGCGUUUUGGUUCAUCCAACGCUGGUUCUUAAGACACGCGGUCACACUGUCAAAACAGAAGAAAAGAAUAGAAAAGAACUGGCCCAGCCAGUUUAAUUUACUGGCAACAGAACGGAAUGGCUGGAUUUCUAAAGACAAGAAAACGCAGUCGUGAGGAUGACCUACCAUGCGAGUCUACGCCCCUCUCCAAGAGGAUUAACAAUCUUCAUUUGAACUACGACGAUGGCAACAGCAGCAGCAGCAGCAGCUGCAGCAUACCGACUCAGCUAAAUGACUACAACAAUUACAAUACAGUGCCUGUGAUCGCUGGUGGGCCUGCAGCCGCAGCCGCAGCCGCGGGCGCACCAGCAGCAGCAGCGGUGGCCGGGGCUACCAAUGCAAUUGAUAUCCUAAAUGGAGACGGAACAAUAUAUGGAUAUAGACCUGAGCUAGGUCCCGACCAAAAUCCCUAUUACUAUGAUAAGAACAAAAUGCUAUAUGACUUGCAUGUCGAGCGUGUCAAGCGGAACACUCACUAGACUUGGUACUUAUGUAUAGGCAGAAAGAUUAGGAUGGACUUGUGGCAUGCUGUCUGAAACUUUAAGCAAACCGAUACACUAGCUACAACUUCAAAUACACACUUUAAGCAGGGAAAAUUACACUUGCCACAAGCAUGAGCAUACACCCACCUACAUUCACACACACACACACACCAAUCAGUCUAGUACAGGACAAAAGAAUCAGUUGUCAGUGCCAAUCGAAGCUCAGAUUGCAUUGCCAAGUCCGAAAUUGUAUCAUUUGUAAUUGUAGUGUUAUGGUAGCUGUUAAAAAUUGUGGUAUUCUGUGCGUGGAGUAAGCUACGGACCCAAAUUACUCAUGUAAUUCUACAUAUGUGAGGUAAAGUGGCAAAGUAACAAUCAGUAACGCACUAUAUCCAUCUUAAAUUUCCAUUCUGGCACAUUUAGUCUAAGCAUUUAUUGUAUGAUAGUUCAUUAAGUUGUAACCAAGUACAUAUACUAAGAUCUGAAGAA